CAGUGCCGCACACGCGCGGUCCUCGCUACAUUAGGGAGCGCUUCCGGGUCCUUCUUCCUCUUUCGCGUAGCAUCGGGGCGCAGCCAUGGUGAACGUCCCGAAGACUCGCAGAACUUUCUGCAAAAAGUGCAAGAAGCAUCAGCCUCACAAAGUAACCCAGUACAAGAAGGGAAAGGAUUCCCUCUAUGCUCAGGGUAAGAGGAGAUACGACAGAAAGCAGAGCGGGUAUGGUGGCCAGACAAAGCCUAUUUUUAGGAAAAAAGCUAAGACAACAAAGAAGAUUGUGCUGAGGCUUGAGUGUGUGGAGCCCAACUGCCGAUCAAAGAGAAUGCUGGCCAUCAAGAGAUGCAAGCACUUUGAGCUGGGAGGUGACAAGAAGAGAAAGGGCCAGGUCAUCCAGUUUUAAACUGUGGACCAGUCUUCUGGAGUAAUGUUGUCACAGUUUUCAAUAAAUGUGUUAAA